AUGGAUCCAGGAUAUAUAAAACAUGCAUGGCAAAGUUAUUCACAAGGUGAUAUGUCAAUAACUAAGACACAAGAUGGUACAGGACUUGGUCUCUCAAUUUGUAAAAAUCUAGUAGAAAUUAAUGGAGAAAAAAUUCAUGUAGAAAGUCAAUUAAAAAAAGGAAGUAAAUUUUGGUUUACAUGGAAUGUUGAAUUACUAUCAAUAGCUCCUUCAUUAUUAAAUACUACUCAUUUUGAUCAAAUAAGUUAUUCAUUACCCAAUGUUAUAAAACAAAAACGAACAUUAAUCGUUCAUCCACUUGAAGAUGCAAGAAAUGCAUUGCUGAACUAUCUUAAAGUAAUUGAAAAAGUUGAUGCAUUCGAUACUCUUGACAAAGGUAUUAAUGCAGCAAAAAGUUAUAUAGAAUUGAAUAAUCAAUCGGCUUAUGAUUUAGUAGUUAUUGGACUUUAUAAAAAUAAUGAAGAAGAGGUCAUGAAAGCAACAUUAGAAUUAAGAAGAUUAGAAGCAAAUAGUAAUAAUUUAGGAAUAAUCUUUAUUGUAUUUCCAAAUAAUGAAGAAAAUGAAUUGGCAGAAAAAGUAAUUGGAAAAGUUGGUGGAACUGCUACUGUUCUUCAUACUCCAAUCACAUGGAAAAAGUUAAUUAAUCUAUUGAUGCAUAUGGAAGGCAACUAUUCUACCAUCGAUAAAAAUAAUAAGAGUCUGCAUGUUAAGGAAAAUUUUCAGAAGAGAGUAGCAGAUUAUGAAUAUGCAGAUCAGGAUAUAUAUGAAAACUUAACAGAAAAUGAUUCUAAGAUAAGCAAGUGCAUUUUAUGUGUGGAUGAUAAUCCUAUUAGUCUGGAGAACACAUUGCGACAAGUUUCAAAACUUGGUUAUUCAACAAUUUCUGCAACCAAUGGUCUAGAAGCAAUCAAAUUGAUUGAUUCAAAAUCUAAAUUAUUAAGUGAUACAUACACCUCGAGUUCAUUCUAUUCAGACAUAAAUCCAAUGAAGCCUCAAAAAAUUUCAUUAAUUUUAACAGAAUAUAAUUUACCAGUGAUGUCAGGUUUUGAUGUUUCACAAGCCAUUAGAGCAACGAAGCCACCAAUUUCAAAUAUUCCAAUCAUUGUUCUAACAGCUUCACCCGUUGAAGAGAUACGAGAUAACUGUAUAGAAUCAGACAUAAAUGAUUAUCUUGCAAAGCCUUUGAAAACUGAAGAACUUGAAAAUGUUCUAACUAAAUGGAUUG